GCGAAGCGGCGAGACGCCCGCCCCCCGCCGCAGCACCCACCCUUCCCGCGGCGAGCGAACGGAGCGCCGGAAGCGUGUGGCUGUGCGGCCCGGCCCGAGCACCCGAGGGGGUUGGGCCGCUGCGCGGCGGUUCCGGGAGCGGUGUGGAGAAGCGGCGGUACCGCUCAGGGGGCGGGAUAGAGGAGCGGCGGUACCGCUCGGGGGGCGGCAUGGAAGAGCGGCGGUACCGCUCGGCUUCGGGGGCGCCCAUCGCGCUGCGGCGCCGCCAGCACAGCGCCUCCUGCCGGGAGCUGUCUGUGCGCUGCCCCCGGCUGCAGCUCCGCUCCCUCAGCGCCGCCACCUCCGCCGUCUGGCUGGCGGCCUACGGGCUCUUCGUGCUCAGCGAGACGUUUACUUGGGGAGAUGAACUGCAGGAAUUUGGAAUAAGGGAUAUAUUGAAGAAGAAUAGUCUGGUGCUUUCUGCUGCUAUCUUCAUCACACUAAUUGGCCUGAUCAUAUACCUGCACUUUGUGAAAAUUGACCAGGAAUCCCUGCUGGUCAUUGGCUCACUCGGGAUUCAGGUGACUUCAUCCUAUGCUUCAGGGAAAGAGAGCACAACCUUCAUUGAGAUGAGUCGAGUUAAGGAUGUGGUCAUCAACGAAGCCAUCCACAUGCAAAAAGUUAUCUACUACCUAUGCAUCCUCCUCCAGGACCCUGGAGAUCCUCAGGGAAUAUCUGAGGUUGUGCCACUCUUUCAGAGCUCCAAGCCACGUCUGGACUGCUUGAUAGAAGUGUACAAAAGCUGUCAAGAAAUCCUGGAGCAGAAGAAGACAGCUCCACAAUCGAGUGAUACAAAAGAGUAAAAAAAAUCCAAGGCAGCAGGACUUGCGGAGAGACACACGGCAAAUCAAAACAGGGCAAAGAGAAAACACAGACCAGCGCUUAAAUCCUUUUCCCCACCUCUCCCUUCUUUCCGGGCCCAAAUCACUUUGUUCCCGGUACCUCUGCCCCUCCGACCCCCAGCAGCACAGGGGACAGGGAGCGGGGUUACAGCCCGGACAUCACAGGUUGUUCUCUGCUGCUCCUUCCUCCUCAGGGAGAAGCAUUACUCAGUCUUCCCCGCUUCAAUUUGGGGUUCCUCCCGUAGGACAAAGUCCUUCACGAACCCCUCCAACCUGAGUCCCUCCUGCCAGGGACAGUCCUACAGGAGCAAGCUGCUCCAGCCCACAGAGCCACGGGCUGCCUGGGGAGUGCUCACCUCCCCUGGCAUGGGGUCCUCCAUGGCUGCAGAUCCACACCUGCUCCAAUGGGAUCCUCCAUGGGUUCCAGGGGAACAGGGAGUGGUCUCACCGCCGGAUGUAGCGGCACUUCUGUUCAGGGCACCUUCUCCCUCUCCUUCCUCACCGGCCUUCCAUCUCUCUGCUCCGGCGCUGCGCCCCUCUGGUGUGGCUCUCUCCUCCCCAUCCCUGCUCUGAGCUCUUUAUCACCGGGUUUUUCCACUUACUUAAUAUGUUAAUGGCAGAGGCACAUCCAUUGUCCCUGAUGGCCUGAGGCAGGGACGGACAUUUUGGAGCCGAGAGAGCUUUCAACAGCUUCUCACGGAGGGCAUCCCUGCCCCCCUCACCACCAGCUCUUCAAAACCGGCACCACAUCAGCCCAGAACACCUCUCCAGAGAAGAAUAAUAGGGACAUAGAGCAAAGGAAGAAAAAAAAAAUGCAUCAAACGUUUACUCUUUAGUGGGUCUGAAAGUUCUGAUAAACUCAAAAUGUAACCUUGGACAAACUGCCAAAAAAUGUGCAUUUUCUUUGUUUCAAUUUGGCUUUUUAAAAGAUUAUUUAUUUAAAUAAUACACCACUCUAAAUACCAAAACUGAGGGUAGGGUGGUAACUUUCUAGUCCACAGGAGAAUUUCAGAAAAAAAGUAACAAAUUAAAAUAUUCUGUUGCAUUUAAUGACGUUUAAUGAAGUAAACUUAGAAGAGCAGUUUUGGCUUCUUCAUGGAUCUGCUCAAAAGAGUCCCAUGGGAUGGAAACCUAGAGGGAAGAGGGAUCCAAGAAAGCUGGUGUAUAUUCAAAGAUCACCUCCUCCAAGCUCAAGAACAGUCCAUCCCAAUGAGCAAGAAGUCAAGGAAAAUGCCAGGAUGGUGUGUGGAUGAAUAAGUUGCUCCUGUCAGAACUCAAACACAAAAAGGAAAUACCCAGAAGCUGGAAGCAGGGACAGGUGACAUGGGAGGAAUAUAGCAACACUAUGGUGAGGAAAGACAAAGCCCACUGAAGGAUAUCAAAGGCAACAAGAAGGGCUCAUGUUGGCACUUGAGUAGCAAAAGGAAAACAGAGAAAAUGUGGACCCAUUUCUGAAUGGGGAAGGGGCAUGAUGACACAGGACAUGGAAAAGAUGUUGCAUUAAAAAGGCCACAUCAAUUCCUCAGGGAAUAUGAGGAAAAUGUGUUGUUGAAAAUUAUGGUAAUGACUAUGAAUAAAUUUUUAUUGAGCUGUGCUCUUGGGAGUAACUUAAGGUUGGGAAAUUC